AUGGAAUCGAAAUCAUCAGAACCAUUGACUAUUGGACAACUUGCAUCAAAGUCAUCGAUUGAGAAGGUUGUAUUGCCAGCCUACCCAGUCAUCGAUAGAGAACCAUCGAAUUCAUUGACUCUUGCCAACUUUAGAUUCUCUGACUAUGUAAAAGCUAUUGCUAUUCCAUCUGUCAUGACCACUGCUUAUUAUAUUGGAACUCUGAGUGAAUCACUGAUGUUUAAUAUAAUUUAUAAUACAUUAUAUAAUAAUAUACAAAUAGGUCGUCAUAAAGUUACAACAGCAGUUUGGGCAGCAAUUUCAUUCCCAGCUAUCUAUUUUAUGCAAUAUGACAAUGUACAACAAAGAUUAAAGGGAUUCAGAGAGAACGAAGCAGAAUGUCAAAAGAAUGAUCAACAACCGAUCAAAGUUUGA